AUGAAUAAAUCUAUCUAUCUAUCUAUCUAUCUAUCUAUCUAUCUAUCUAUCUAUCUAUCUAUCUAUCUAUUUCAGUCUGUUCAUAUCUAUCUAUCUAUCUAUCUAUUUCAGUCUGUUCAUAUCUAUCCAUCUAUCUAUCUAUCUAUCUAUUUCAGUCUGUUCAUAUCUAUCUAUCUAUCUAUCUAUCUAUCUAUCUAUCUAUCUAUUUCAGUCUGUUCAUAUCUAUCUAUCUAUCUAUUUCAGUCUGUUCAUAUAUCUAUCUAUCUAUCCUAUCUAUCUAUCUAUUUCAGUCUGUUCAUAUUCAUAUCUAUAUCUAUCUAUCUAUCUAUCUAUCUAUCUAUCACAGUCUGUUCAUAUAUCAGUCUAUCUAUAUCUAUCUAUCUAUUUAUCUAUCUAUCUAUUUCAGUCUGUUCAUAUUCAUUCAUCUAUCUAUCUAUCUAUCUAUCUAUCUAUCUAUCUAUCUAUCUUUUCAGUCUGUUCAUAUCUAUCUAUCUAUCUAUCUAUCUAUCUAUCUAUCUAUUAUCUAGUCUGUCUGUUUAUCCAUCUAUCUAUCUAUCUAUCUAUCUAUCUAUCUAUCUAUCUAUUUCAGUCUGUUCACAUUCAUCUCAUUAUCUAUCUAUUUCAGUCUGUUCAUAUCUAUUUCCAUCAGUCUAUCUAUCUAUUUCAGUCUGUUCAUAUCUAUUCAUCUAUCUAUCUAUCUAUCUAUCUAUCUAUCAUUAUCUAUCACAGUUUCAUAUCUAUCUAUCUAUCUAUCUAUCUAUCUAUCUAUCUAUCUAUCUAUUUCAGUCUGUUCAUAUCUAUCUAUCUAUCUAUCUAUUUCAGUCUGUUCAUAUUCUAUCUAUCUAUCUAUUUCAGUCUGUUCAUAGAGAAAAGGAGAAGAUCUAUCUAUCUAGUAGAAAAAGAUUUCAGUCUCUAUUUAAGAAAAGAAGAAUCAAAAGGGGAAUCUAUCUAUCUAUCACAGUCUGUUCAUAUCUAUCUAUCUAUCUAUCUCUCUAUCUAUCUGUCUAUCUAUCUAUCUAUGUUAGUUAA